AUGCGCCCACAAAGCUGUGUUGUUGGGUCGAACUGCAUGUGGAAUACUGAUGGCAGUAUUCCCGAGAAGAGAGCCCCUUUUACUUCUGGCAUAACGUCGUCUCUGGGCGCAUAG